CUCGCCGCAGCACGGCCGUCACGCUCGCAGGGGCGGCGGCCCAGCUGCCUCUUCGCUUGAGCUCCGCCCGGCGUGGGGGCCCCAUUGGGGUCGUUGCGUGGAGGACGCCCGCGCGUUGGACGGGGGAACGCGUUUGCCCACUGCGGCCCGACCCCGGCCGUGGGCCGCGUUGCGGGACCCGACGGCAUCCCUCGUGGAAAUUGCCCCUGCCGGCCUGCAAACGGCCUCGCCUGGAGACCCUUUGCCCUCCCACUACCACUGGGUCGUCGCGACGCAAGCGGUAAAGCGCUGCGGGGAGAGAAGUUCCCCCUGGCAGUUUCCAACCCUGCCGCGGGAUCGAGCCGGCGGCCGCGCCCCACUCCGGAGCCAUUUCCCGGAGCCCUCCGCGCGCAGGGGGAGCCCGCGCCCCCAAGAAAAAGCCCUGCUGGGACGGGGAACCGGCGGGGGACUCGCCGCUUCAGCGCGGGUGCUGCGGGCGUGGGCUUUUGCGGAGAAGGGGCUCUCCCCGCACGCGAGCGCAGCGUCGCGGCAAAGACGAAAAAAAAAAUCCAGAGGCGAAUGGCAGGACGCCACUUCAACUCCCCCGCGUGCCGUGACCCGGCGGUGGGCGGCGCCGAGGGCAUUCCCCCGCUUUACGCGGCACGAGCGCUGA